GCGCCAUAAAGACACGAGGACGAGUCACGGAGCGUAGAUAUGUUUUGAACGGUGGUAUGUUAGAAAAUAUGUUUUGUCCAAAUGCUGAACAGUAAGACUUUGUUCACUUUGCAGACUGACAUGGAAGGUCUGCUGGAGUUUACUGUCCAGGAUCGCCACAAGAGAGGAAUGGAGAAGAGCCAGGACCCAGAGCACUGCACUGAGUACACCGUUAAAAAGGAAGAAUCAGACCCAGUAGCUGUUACCACCAUUAAACAGGAGAGAGACGGUCUGCUGGAUUUUACUGUCCAGGAUCACCUCAACAGAGGAAUGGAUGAGAACCAGGACCCAGGGCACUACAUUGAGUACACUGUUAAAAAGGAAGAAUCAGACCCAGUAGCUGUUACCACCGAUAAACAGACUGACAUGGAAGGUCUGCUGGAGUUUACUGUCCAGGAUCACCACAAGAGAGGAAUGGAGGAGAACCAGGACCCAGAGCACUGCACUGAGUACACCGUUAAAAAGGAAGAAUCAGACCCAGUAGCUGUUACCACCAUUAAACAGGAGAGAGACGGUCUGCUGGAUUUUACUGUCCAGGAUUACCUCAACAGAGGAAUGGAUGAGAACCAGGACCCAGGGCACUACAUUGAGUACACUGUUAAAAAGGAAGAAUCAGACCCAGUAGCUGUUACCACCGAUAGACAGAGCGUUCACACUCGAGAGAAGCUGUACACCUGUGGGCUAUGUGGGAAAAAAUUUGCUGACAUCGCUUCCAUAAAAGUUCACCAUCGCAUUCACACUACAGAGAAGCCGUACAGCUGUAACAGAUGUGGGAAAUCUUUCAUUAGACAUGCAAAUCUUAAAAAUCACAGACGCAUUCACAUUGGAGAGAAGUCGUACAGCUGUGACCAAUGUGGGAAAACCUUUGCUACAAAUGGCCAGCUUAAAAGUCACCAACCCAUUCACAAGAAGCCGUACAGCUGUGACCAAUGUGAGAAAGCCUUUGCUACAAAUGGCCAGCUUAAAAGCCACCAACACCUUCACACUAAGCCGUACAGCUGUGACCAAUGUAGGAAAACCUUCGCUACAAAUGACCACCUUAAAAGCCACCAAUACAUGCACACUGGAAAAAAACCAUACAGCUGUGACCAAUGCGGGAAGACUUACGCUACAAUAAGCCAUCUUAAAAACCAUCAAUUCAUUCACACUAAGCCGUACAGCUGUGACCAAUGUGGGAAAACUUUCUCUACAGGCGGUGCUCUAAAAGCCCAUCGACGCAUUCACACUGGAGAGAAGCCGUAGUGGUGUGACCAAUGUGGGCAAACUUUCACUCAAGACAGUACUUUAAGAAGCCACCAGCGUAUUCACACUGGAGAGAAGCCAUACAGCUGUGAUCAAUGUGGGAAAACUUACACGACAGUCACUGCUCUA